CAAAGAACCCUGCAAGGUGAAGAGAGAGGAGACAGUAGCAAAGGAUCCAGCAAGAAUUCUAGUUUUUGGUCCAGAGAUAGAAACUCAGAGAAGAGCAACAAGAAGAAUGAAUACUUCUUCGGUAAAUGCUUCCCAGAGUCUGUUAACAUUCAGGGAUGUGGCUGUGGAUUUCUCACAGGAGGAAUGGGAAUGUUUAGAUUGUGCUCAGAGGGCAUUGUACAUGGAUGUAAUGUUGGAGAAUUACAACAAUCUAGUCUUUGUAGGUGAAAAUCAAAGAGUCCACAUAGGAAACAAAGAACAAAAAAAUACAGACCUUGAUAAAUCUUUUGACUCUCAACAUAAACUCACACUGGAACAAAUCAAGAGUAGAAUGAAACUACACCAAAGCUGGAAAAGUGGAAACUGCUUCAAGACAGACUCAAUCCUUGGUAGACAUCAGAGAGCUUAUACUAGACAGAAACCCUAUAAAUGUACAAAAUGUAGUAAAUACUUUACACAUUUUUCACAACUCAAAGUACAUUGCAAGUUCAAUUGUGGAGAAAAAUCCUACAAAUGUACAGACUGUCCUAAGUGCUUUUACCAGACAUCAGAAUUUAAAAGACAUUGCAGAAUUCAUUCUGGAGAGACUAUUUGCAAUUAUAGUGAAUGUGACAAAUCCUUUAUCAGCACAUCAUCUCUUAGAAUGCAUCAGAAAAUUUGUCCUGGAGAGAAACCUUAUGGAUAUGGUGAAUGUGAUAAAUCCUUUAUCUGGAAAUUGAAUCUUGGGUCUCAUCAGAGAAACCAUACAGGAGAGAAACCUUACAAAUGCAGUGAAUGUAAUAAAUCCUUUACUGAUAGAGGUGGUCUUAAUACUCAUCUGAGAAUGCAUACAGGAGAGAAGCCUUACAAAUGUACUGAAUGUGAGAAAUCCUUUACCACUUCCUCACAUCUUAGAACUCAUCAGAGAAUUCAUACAGGAGAGAAACCUUACAAAUGCAGUGAAUGUGACAAAUCCUUUGUCAGUUCCUCAGAUCUUAGAAAACAUCAGAUAAUUCAUACAGGAGAAAAACCUUACAAAUGCAGUGAAUGUGGUAAAUCCUUUAACCACAGAGGCACUCUUACUUCUCAUCAGAGAAUGCAUACAGGAGAGAAACCUUACAAAUGUAUUGGAUGUGACAAAUCUUUUACCACUGCCUCACAAUUCAGAAGUCAUAAGAGAAUUCAUACAGGAGAGAAACCUUACAAAUGUAGUGAAUGUGAGAAAUCCUUUACUUGUGGCUCAUACCUUAGAUUGCAUCAGAUAAUUCAUACAGGAGAGACCCCUUUUAAAUGCAGUGAAUGUGAUAAAUCCUUUACCCAAAAACGCUCUCUUAGAAUUCAUCAGAGAAUUCAUACUGGAGAGAAACCUUACAAAUGUGGUGAAUGUGUCAAAUCCUUUGUCAGUUGCUCUGAGCUUAGAAGACAUGAGAAAAUUCAUUCAGGAGAGAAACCUUACAAAUGUAUUGGAUGUGACAAAUCUUUUUCCACUGACUCACAAUUCAGAAGUCAUCAGAGACUCCAUACAGGAGAGAAACCUUACAAAUGUACUGAAUGUGACAAAUCCUUUAUGCAGAAAAACAGUCUUAGAAUUCAUCAGAGAAUGCAUACUGGAGAAUCACCUUACAAAUGCACUGUGUGUGAUAGAUCCUAUUGUCAUAGUAGCAGUCUCAUUGCUCAUCAGAGAAUACAUACAGGAGAGAAACCUUACAAAUGUAGUGAAUGUGACAAAUCCUUUAUCAGUUCCUCAGAGCUUAGAAUUCAUCAGAGACUCCAUACAGGAGAAAAACCUCACAAAUGUACUGAAUGUGACAAAGCCUUUUCUCGGAAAGACCAUCUUAGAACUCAUCAGAGAACGCAUACAGGAGAGACACCUUACAAAUGCACUGAGUGUGGUAAAUGCUUUUCUCAUAGUGGCAGUCUCAUUUCUCAUAAGAGAAUACAUACAGGAGAGAAGCCUUAUAAAUGUAUUGAAUGUGAGAAAUCCUUUACCACUGCCUCACAUCUUAGAACUCAUCAGAGAAUUCAUACAGGAGAGAAACCUUACAGAUGUGGUGAAUGUGUCAAAUCCUUUGUCAGUUGCUCUGAGCUUAGAUCGCAUUGGAGAAUUCAUACAGGAGAGAAACCAUUUAAAUGUGAGUGUGACAAAUCCUUUUUUACUAGCUCUGCUCUUAGAAAACAUCAGAGAAUUCAUGCAAGAGAGAAACCUUAGAAAUGCAGUGAAUGUGAGAAGUCCUUUACCACAAAAGCCAAUCUGAGAAUUCAUCAGAGAAUUCAUACAGAAGAAAAACUUGUAUUGACUGUGACAUUUUUUUUACCACUGCUUCACAUCUUAGAAUUCAUCAGAGAAUUCAUGCAAGAGAGAAACCUUACAAAUACAGUGUUUGUGACAAAUCCUUUAUUGAUGGAGGCAACCUUAGAACUCAUCAGAAAUUUCAUACAGGAGAGGAACCUUUAAAGUGUAGGGAAUGUGACAAGUUCUGUACCACUGCCUUACAUCUCAUAAUUCAUUAUAGAAUUUAUGCAGGUGAGAAACCUUACAAAUGCAUUGAAGGUUACAAAUCAUUUAUCCUAAAGGGCCAUUAUAGAAUUUAUCAGAGAAUUCAGACAGGAAAGAAACCUUACAAGUCUAGUGAAUGUGACAAAUCCUUUAGCAAGAAAGGCCAUCUUAGAGCUCAGUAGAGAAUCGAUACAGGAGAGAAACCUUACCAAUUUAGUGAAUGUGACAGGUCUUUUAUCAGUUGCUCAGAUCAUAGAAAACAGAAUCCAUACAGAAAAGAAACUCCACAUAUGUAUUGGAUGUAAAAAACCAUUUUUCAGUGCUUACAUCUACUUGACGACAAUAGAGUAUUCAUACACUAGAGAAACCUUACCAAUAUAUUAAAUGCUGGAAAUCUUCGUCACAAAAUCAGACUGAGAACACAUCAAAGUAUUUUUAAAGGAAGAGAAAAUUUACCAUGUACUAUGUGAGGAAAAGCCUUUGCUGUUUCUCAGGUCUAAUUGUCAAUAUAAGAAAGUUAUAAAAGCUUUUCAGUAGCAUUCAAAUCUUAGAAUACAUCCAGAAAUUAUAAUGAGGGAAAUUCUGAACAUGUUACAAUGUAGGAAAUUUUCAUUAGAACUUUUUAUACUUAUGCAACCUUAAGUUCUUCAUAAUGAAGAUUAAAAAAAAAUCAAAACCUGGAGAAUGUGCUGUUGUAUAGCAUUUUCCUGAAGACGUGUGUUUUGUACAGGAAGUCAGAAAAUGUACAUCUAAAAAAUCUUCAAGAAAUCCUUGAAACUGAUGGGAUUCAGUGUGCUUUAAUCAAAUGAAGAAACCCAGAACCUACUACUUGAAGAGCACUUGAGAAAAUAGUCCAAAAAGAUAGGAUACUCUUUAACUAGUAGAUAUGCUUACGAAUGUGCAGUGUGCUCCCGAUAUACUGUAUGUAUAUGUUGUUUCCCAUGCUGGUGUAGAAUUUCAUGAUAACUGUCUUUGAGUCCCGUGUGUUCCAGUAAGCAACUACUUCCUGCUGCUCCUGUACCAACCCUAAUAAAGCUUGUUGGUUCAA